AUGGGCAACUGUGCAUCAUGCCUAGGCCAACGCCGACGGGACUCUGUCGUGGAGGACGAGGAAUCGCGCCUCCUCUUCGAUGACCCGAACGGUAUCCACUACGGCAGCUUUGGCGAACAGCAGAUGACGAGUCAGAACGAUCCCAUGGAGGCUCAACGAGAGAUCGAGGCUCUUCAGCGGGUCGUUGCCCGAACCUCCGACAACAUGGUGGAUAUCUUUGAAAUCGCGCCCCCGAAAGACGCACAACACAGGGCACCGCCCACCCCAUACGGCCUUGUGGGUCAGGAGGCACGUCACAUGCGGUAUCAGUCUCUGCUGAGCAAGCUCAGCGCGGAUGAGGAGGACUCGGCUGCCGGAACCAGGGUCGACUGGACCCCAGAGGAGGAGGAGGGUGACGAUGAGGACGCCGCAGGACUGCAGAAGGGAGUUCCACAGAUCAAGACCGAGCCCAGCGACGCCCUGGUCGGCAACUUUCGAGAAGCUGCAGCGGCGAUGGCAUGA